AUUGAACCCACAACCCAGGUAUGUGUCCUGACCAGGAAUCGAACCUACAACCCUUCAGUUAUGGGAGGACGUUCCACCCAACUGAUCCACGCUGGCCAGGGCAGGACUCUGCCUGUUUCUAUGUGAGAAAUACUGAGGAAGAAAGGAUGGUGGCUGGAUUUCCAGCAGCCUGGGUACAGGCACCAGUGACCUUCAAAGAUGUGGCUAUGGAGUUCACACAGGAGGAGUGGAUGAUGCUAGACUCCGCUCAGAGAAGUAUGUACAGAGAUGUCAUGUUGGAAAACUACAUGAAUCUCACUUCAGUGGCAUAUCAAUUAUGCAAGCCUUCUGUGACCUCCCAGUUGGGUCAGGAAGAGACAAGAACUAUGAAAAGGAGAAUACCCAAAGGCACCUAUCUAAAUUGGGAGAUUCAAAUUACAACCGAAGAGUCAACUCUAAAGCAGAAUGCUUUGGGGGGAGAAAGAUCCAGUGGUAAAAUGGUAAGAUUCACAAUGGAUGAUUGGUCUUCCACAUUAAUACAAGACUGGGAAUGCCAUAAGACCAGAAAACAGCACAAGAUCCCAGAGGGUAAUUUGAAGCAAAUGACAUUUACCCAGAAGAAAACAGCGAAUCAGGAGAGAUUCUGUGACUACCAUGAAUUAGAAGAAAACUCUAAACUUAGAUCAAAACUUGCUUUUUCAAACAGAGUUUCCAUCAGUAAACAUUGCCAUAAAUGUUACUUAACUAUUGAGAGUUUGAAGCAUAAGUCAAUCCUAAACAGUAAUGAGAAAAACUCUGUGAGUGAGACAUUCUGUGAGAGUCAUGAAUAUGAUAGAUGGCAUCUUGAAAGAGCCCAAACAGCACAAAAAGAGUGCAUGUGCUCUGAACAUGGUGUACAUUUCAAACAUAAUAUGCUUCCUAUACAAAAUAAUUUUGAUAUGGUGGAAAAUUCCUAUGAAUGUAAUAAAAACAAAACUUUUAGUCAUCAUUCACCCUGUGAGCAAAAGGAGCAACCUCCUACUGGAGAGAAAUAUGAAUGUAGUCAGUGUGGAAAACCCUUCAAAAGGAUUUCUAAUCUUAUUUUGCACAAAAGAAGUCACAUGGGCGAGAAACAGUAUGAAUGUAAAGAAUGUGGAAAAGACUUCACUGAUUCCUCAACCCUAAAGAGACACGUACGAACUCAUACUGGUGAGAAACCCUAUGAGUGUCAUCAAUGUGGGAAAGCUUUCAGUCAAAAAACAUCUCUUAAGGCCCACGUGAGAACUCACACUGGAGAGAAACCUUAUGAGUGUAAUCAUUGUGGAAAGUCUUUUGGAACAAGUUCUUACCUUAUAGUGCACAAGAGAAUACACACGGGGGUGAAACUCUACAAGUGCAGUGACUGUGGAAAAGCCUUCAACACGAGUUCUCACCUUACAGUUCACAAAAAGAUACACACCGGAGAAAAUCUUUAUGAGUGCAAAGACUGCGGGAAAGUUUUUAGUGGUCUCUCAUCCCUUAGAAUGCAUGUGAGAACUCACACUGGGGAAAAACCCUAUGAAUGUCAGGAAUGCAGGAAAACCUUCACUGUUUCCUCUUCCCUUAGGAGACAUGUGAGAACUCACACAGGAGAGAAACCCUAUGGAUGUAUUCAGUGUGGCAAAGCAUUCAGUCAGAAUUCUUCACUUAUCAUACACAAGAAAAUUCACACUAGGAGAGAAUCCCUGUAAGUGUUUGGGAUGUGGAGUGACCUUUUUCAUCGUCUUAAGGUGGACUACAGUUUCACUAUUUCAGUCUUUGUUCUCUAAAAUAAGCAUUUAAAGCUACAUAUGUAGUCAUUUAAAACCUCUUUUAUCUACAUAACACAUAUUGGUGUACGCUAAUUUAUUCUCUUAAUUCUACUUGUCUAAUAUUUAUUAUGACUUUUUGAUCCAUAGCUGUUUAGAAUUAUGAUUUUAUAAUAUGUGACAUAAGGUUUUCAGUUACCUUCUCAUUGAUUUCUAAAUUGAGUGCAUUACGUUUAGAAUAUCUGGACUACAGUACUUUAUUAGUAUUUUCUUCAGAGUUGCUUUCUACCCUGCUGUGGCAGAUCUGCUGUAGCCAGGUGAGCAAGGCCAUACUUCCAUCCUGAUGACCCUGUUUUGGCUCAUAGGACCAGUAUGCCCAGUUACACAACUUCUCAGCCUCCUUACAGCCAAGUGUAGCCAUAUCCCUCAUUCCCGAUUAAUCCAAAAUAGACAGUGUCAUUAGUGACAGACCUGUCUGUUUUUACUUUGCCUUUUUGUGUUCCCCAUUCCUCUCCCUUUCAAUUUUCCAUUCCUAGAGCGGAAGGAACCAGGUUGUGCCUGAGGAUGACAACUAUGGCUCAUGGGUGGAGUAGAAUAAAAACACUGGUUCCUCACAGACAUCUUUAAACAGUUGCACCAGCACUGCACUGGUAUAUCUG